AUGGCUGCUUCGGGCUCGGUAUCAAUCACCUAUGUCGCUGCAGACUGUGGCUCUGUCAUCCCUGGCAAAUCAAAAGCACCACAAGCCUUCCAAGAUGCCGGUAUAGUCAAAAAGCUACGAGAUGCUGGGAUACCCAUCGUAUCAGAGCUUGAUGCGUUGGAAUCGCCUGCGAGGUACUCUCUCAAGUCAUUUCCCCACGGAAGCGUUCGCAACGAGGAAUUGAACAUAUCUGUGUGUCAAUCUGUUCGCCGUGCUGUCUCUCAUAAUAUAAUGGCCUCCUCGUCCGACCAGCCACCAUUCCAACUCAUUAUUGGAGGAGAGUGUUCCAUGUGUCCGGCUAUCCUCUCCUCUUUUUGGGAGUACGCCGCGUCACAAUCGCCCCCGAAGCGGGUUGGUCUCAUCUACAUCGAUGCCGACACCGAUCUCGCCUCCCCAAACGAUCCUCACUCGACGGGGAACCUGGCUGGUAUGAAUAUGACGCAUCUAAUCGGACGGGAUAAUGGACUGGAAACCAUGCGACAAUUCUCACGCCCGUCUGGCGAGGCUGUCUGCGACCCGAGCAACAUGGUCCUCUUUGGAAUCAAUAUGGCAUUUCCGGGAAACAAGCCGGAGCAUUUCGCCUAUCUAUUUGACAAUGAAUAUGCUGUCGUCAGCUCGGCAUCAGUGGCUCUUUCGCCAGAAGAAUCCGCAAGAAAGGCGCUUAGACGGUUAGAAGAAAACACUGAUAUUAUCAUGGUGCACUUGGACGUGGAUUCGAUCGACCCACGCUUGUUCCCAUUGGCGAAUCUCCCGAACUUUACCGGAGUAACAUUUGAGCAAAUGAUGGCUGCACUGGGUGUGUUCUUGGCGAGUGAUAAGGUGGCAGGACUGACGAUUGCAGAAGUGAACCCUGACCAUGAUCCGGGCUUGGGGAUGGUGGAAUCGUUGUCCGAGGAAAUUGUCCAAAUGCUAUCAUCGAGACGCUUUGCUUCUUCUUGA